AUGGACGGCGGAACCGCGCAAAGCCCGAGCGGCCUUUUACAAUACAACCCGGCGUACUCCGUCUUGAUCUGUGUCACAUGCGGCUAUGCCCUCCAGCCGUCCGGUAUCGCCCGUCACUUGAAGGAGAAGCAUCAAAUAUACAGAUCCAAUCGGCGGCCUUUCAUAGAAUACGCGUCGCGAUUCCCGCUUGCCAAGCCCGAAGUGGUCAUUGGUUCCGAGGUGACCAAGUUUCCCGUUCCUCUGCUCCCUGUGCUCGACGGACUCAAGUGCCUUGAGGGCGGAGGCUGCGACUACCUCUGCGUCUCUACGAAGCGCAUGCAAAAUCACUGGAUGUCAAUCCACGGACGACAUGGCACGACGGGGGACUGGCAACCUGUGCCGCUGCAGACCUUUUUUCGAGGCAAUCUUCUGCGUUAUUUCACAGAGAUUGAUCCGCAAGCGCCCUACCAGUCCUCCGUUCGGAAUGGCCAUCGCACAGACGGCGAUAAACCCAACGCGUUAGACGAGUUUGACCGGCACCUGUUGCACCAUUACACGACUACCACCUACCUCACACUGGUGGAUAGACAUGACACCGCCGGGAUUUGGCAAACGGUCAUGCCUGAGAUGGCAAAUCAGCACGAUUUCUUGAUGCAUGCGCUGCUGGCUUGCUCUGCGCUUCACUUGGCCCACCUGUCUCCAGCUGAACAACAGCGGUACAUCAUGCGCGCCCAAAGCCACCAAGACAUGGCCAUGCCACUCUUCCGACACGCCAUCACCAAUGUCACGGAGCACAAUUGCGACGCAAUCUUAGCUUUUGCCCAUUUCCUCGUCAUCUAUUCCUUCGCAGCCGACCAACCCGAUGAGCGACUACUGCUGGCCGACCCAUCAAGUCCGCACCCAGGCCUGCUGUGCAGCUGGCUUUACUUCAUCCGCAACGGAUGCCUGCUCGUUUGCGAGUUCUGGGACCAGAUUGAACGGGGUCCGCUUGGCCCUCUUGCCAACUCGUGGGAAUCCCCCAUGCCUACUCUCGACGAGGAUCCGGCUAGGCUUCACAUGAAGUCGCACCUGCUGUCGCUUAUUCCUGGCACGGCGGAGCCAGGGGAAGAGCUGUGGUCCGCCAGCGUCUGCGAGACCUACCGUGACGCUGCCUUGCAACUGAGCUGGGCACUCGCAGCAGCGCGAACAUUGAGCGACGAAGAGUUCACGACAUGGGAUGCUGUUCGCGUCUGGCCCAUGGAGGUGUCUGUAGCGUUCAUGGAGCUUCUAACCCAGGGCCACCCGGCUUCAUAG